AUGAACGAAUCAGAAUCCAAACCCUUGCAAUGGUGGACAACUUAUUGGAUUCCCUUACACAUUGGGAUUCGGAUUUGGUUGGCCAAUCGAAUGCCAAUCAUGGAUUGCGAUGAAGUUUAUAAUUACUGGGAACCCUUGCAUUUUUUGCUUUACGGCAGUGGCUUUCAGACAUGGGAAUAUGCCAAUCAGUUUGCCCUCCGAACCUAUUCCUAUCUAAUGCCCAUGCUGGGAUUGGCCAAGGUAUAUCAAGCGUUGAUACCGUAUCUUCCAGCAUGGUGUUGGCCAUUGCUUUCGGACCAAAUGGCGGUGGUUCUCUCGGAGCAGCAGGAUCCAACCAACAACAGCAACAAAGUUGCCUUGUUUUUGCUCUUGCGAUCCACGCUUGCAGCAUCCAUGGCAGUGGCCGAAGUACUAUUUUGCCGAUCCAUUAUUACCAGUACUACUACUACUACUACUACCACUACUACUGCUCGACCAUCCGCUACUACAACCAGUAUUGGUGAAACGGUUGGAAUUGUCACGAGUGGAUUGCUCUUGACGUCGGCCGGCAUGUCUCAUGCGAGUGGUGCGCUAUUGCCGAGUUCUACCUUGACAUUUCUAUGGUUGUUGGGGGCAACUGCCUUCUUGCAACAGCAGCACCUUUUCUUUGUCACGGUUGCCGUCCUGGCGACUUUGGCCAUUGGAUGGCCCUUUGGCGUACUAAUGUUUGUCCCGAUUGGAGUUGCCAUUCUAGUCCGAGAACGAAACAAUUUGACCAAGUUUAUCAGCAAGAUUGUGCUCAUUACAGCGGUCAUUCAAGCCACCGUCAUGCUGAUUGACUACCAACAGUACCAAAAGCUGGUCUCCCCCGUUUGGAACAUUCUCAUCUACAACACCAAGGCGGGAGGUGACGAGCUGUACGGUGUCGAACCAUGGACCUACUAUAUCAAGAAUCUACUCCUCAAUUUCAACUAUGUCCUGAUAGGUGUCACGGGUGUUCUACCACUCUUUGUCUUGAAGCAAGACCGAAGGAUGCAACAGUUGUUGAUUUUGCUACUGCCCAUGUAUGCUUGGUUGCUGGUAGUCGCACCUCGACCACACAAGGAAGAACGAUUCUUGUUUCCCAUCUAUCCUUGCAUUUGUCUUGGAGCGGCAAUGUCCACUGUCACUAUUGUGGAUGGAUUGCUAUCUUGGUGGCAUUCUUCUCCUCAACAAGCAUCACUAAAACGACGAAGAACACGCUUGUUGUGGAUUCAAUUGCUAUUGUGGACUCCGUCAGCCAUCUUGUCGCUGAGUCGUGCCACCGCCUUGGCCAAGUACUACACGGCGCCGCUCACGGUCUAUUCCAAGUUGCAGAGUGAUCCCGACAUUGUCGAUGCAUUGGUCUGUACCUGUGGCGAAUGGUAUCGAUUCCCUUCCAGCUUCUACCUGCCGUCCACCAUUGAUUCGUUCGGAUUUGUCCAAUCGUCGUUUGAAGGACAACUUCCUCAAUUUUUCACAGUAGAUGGAAGUGGUCCGAGAUCACCAAAUCAGUUCAAUGACAAGAAUCUGCCGGAAUAUGGUUCGUACGUGUCGUUGGACGACUGUGACUACCUCAUUGAUUUGUGGACAUCGGACUGCCGUGAGAAUGAUUUCAUCUGGAAACCCAUUGCCCAAGAUUCCUUUUUGGAUGCCGAGCGCACCAGUACUCUACACCGAACCUUGUACUUGCCCUUUCUGCACGAACAGGCAGAGACCCAAGGUGGCACGACCAUUCACCUACGGGUCACUUUUAGAUCUCAGUGCUUCAUGCGUUGCCUCCAGUUGGCAGCGACUGGGUUCAACAACUGA